AUGGCUGUUUCGACAGAAGAGCUUCUAAAAGUUCUCACCAUUGUGGAUGGCUCUCAACGCAGUCUGCUCCAUCAUGAAGCUGAGGCUCAGCUUAAGAAGUGGGAAUCAGAGCCUGGAUAUCAUUAUGCCCUUCAGGAUGUCUAUCUCAACAUUGAGCUUCCAAUGCAUGUCAGAUGGUUGGCAAUCAUUUGCUUCAAGAAUGGCGUUGAAAAGUACUGGCGCCCAUCUCGUCAGAAUGCCAUUAGUAAAGAGGAGAAAGCAGAAAUCAAGAAGAGAGUGUUUGAGCUUAUCGGAGAGAACAAUAGUCAGUUGAUGAUCCAGAACGCUCAUUCCAUUGCCCGUAUUGUGCGUUUUGACUUCCCUAGUGAAUGGCCUACUUUGUUCGAUGACCUUGCUAAAACAUUGGAGGACUACGUCUUUGUCAAGGGCAACCUAAUUGCAACCAACAACCUUCUUAUCAUACUCAAUCAGAUCAUCAAGACAGUGUCUAUGGUGAGAAUUGGAAGAUCUAGACAUGCAAUGCAGAGCAAAGCCCCCAUUAUUGUCCCUAUUUUGGUUAAACUGUAUUCCAAGUUUUUCCUGAUGUGGACCUCGUCCUUAGACUUGACCACAAUGGAGGUUUGCUACCUCUGCUUGAAGAACUUGAGAAGAAUAAUUCCAGAAGGGUUCGAGCAGCCUCAUCUAAAUCAGGACAUCACAGAUUUCCUCAAAGUUUCUGUCACGCACCUCCAAGCGUUGGUUAACGAACACGAGAAGUACUCUUCCGAUCUUUUAGAACGAUAUGUUAAAAGCUACAGCAAGCUCUACGUCAGUCUCAUCAACCUGAACCCUACAAGUUUUGUUCUCGUGCCUUGCUCACAAGAGAUUAUAACGACAUUCUUGUCGUUGUUAGAAACAAGGGCCGAGGACGUCUACAAGAGCAGUGAAGAUAAUGACUUUUGGGAGACUUUGGCUCUCAAAGGAUUCCUCAUAUUGAAGAAGCUUGUGGCCUAUGUUUUCAAACAGGGUGCGGUGACUCUCAAGCAGAGGAAUGAUAAAGAGGAUGUGGGUAAUGCCAUCAACAAAUUGAAAACUAAUUUGUUUACCCCAACUGUCAUAUUCAAUUUGUGUGAUCUUAUAAUCAGUUGGUACCUCAGGCUCAAGCCAUCUGACCUCGAAAGCUGGUUACUUGAGCCAGAAGAAUGGGUGAAUGAGGAAUUCAGCUCCAGUUGGGAGUACCAAGUCAGACCUUGCGCUGAAAACUUCUAUCAAGAUCUCAUAAAGUACUUCAAGAAUGAGCUUUGCGAAUUUAUCCUCAACAAAAUCUCCAAUGGACUCAACAGUAACGAUUCCGUUUCCGACAUUCUCACAAAGGAUGCUACGCUUUGCACUUUCCAACUCUCGGCUGAUUCCAUUGCCAACAGUGUUGAUUUCGAUCAAUUGCUCAACCAAGUCUUCCUCCCUGAAGGUCUUAAGAAUGACUUGGUGGAAAACAAAAUCAUCAAAAGAAGAAUCUGUUUGAUCAUCGCAACAUGGGUCCCUGUUAACUGCUCUCGUGAGAGCAGGGUCAACAUAUACAAGCUUCUUCUCACAUUCCUACAAUUUGACAACAAAAUAAAUGACAAGGUUGUCAAACUUACUACAAUCCAGACGCUUAGAACCAUCAUUAAUGACUGGGACUUCAACAAACAAGACUUCCAACCAUUCUUGAAAGAGUUCGUCUCGCUCUCCAUCAAAAUGUUGGACGAUAUGUCAUUCACUGAAUCCAAGCUCUACAUUUUGGAUACUUUGAGCGCUUUGAUUGAGAGAUGCAAUCCUUUGAUCGAUGAGGCCACUUUGAUGACAAUUCUCGAAAUUGUUCCAUCCUACUGGGAGAGCUCCAAAAAGAAUGAUGAGGCUAUCUUGCAAUCUUCAUUAUUGAGAGUUCUCAAGCACUUGGUCAUCGCAUUGAACCAAAAUUCCUCUCGCACACAUUUCAUCACGAUACCCUUGAUCAAAGCUUGUUGCUCCCAAUCAUCGGAGCACUAUUCCCUUCUUUCAGAGGACGGGUUUGACCUCUGGCUCGCUGUCGUUCAAUACUUCCCAUCUAACCUGGAGCCUACAGACACAUUGGUUGACCUUUUUACUCUUUUGCAACCAGCACUCAUGGAUGCCACUGAGAUUCUUCCAACAAUCAUUUCUAUCGCUCGAAGCUACAGUCUUUUGACUCCUAAAGUCUUUGAGACCGAAGCGGCUCUUGAGCUGUUCAGAGUCUUGUCCGGUUAUCUUCCAAAGAUGCGUGACGACGCCUUCGACGUAUUCAUCACUUUAGCUGAUAUUCUUUUCUUACAAGAGAGUCACGAGGACCAACUCAUCAACAACCUAAUUAACAGUGGAUUGUUGAAUGCGAUGACUUCCUACGUGCUUGAUGAGAAUCACAGCAUCGUACUCGCGAACCGUAUCUUGCUCGUUCUUUCAAGGCUUGCGACAAGCUCAGCUGAGGUUUUUUUGAGAGUCAUGGAUCAUCUUCAAGUCAACGCUGCUCAGUUUAUCGACGUCUGGAUGAGAUAUUACAAGAACAAUGGCAAUCCUAGAAACAAGAAAGUAAACUUGCUUGCAUUGCUCUCACUUGCCGCAUACGGUGUGGGAAAGAAUCUUCAUGGUAUUCCUGAGAAGUUUGGUGAGCUCGAGAGAAACUGCUUCUUGUUUCUUGAGGAGGUCAACGAGGACACAGCUGGAAAUUGUCAGGCAUAUGAGGGUGAUUAUAUCUACAGCGAUGUCGACAACUAUGCCUAUCUCGACCCCGAUAUUGCACCCCACGGUGAAAAGGUCAGAUACCAAAGGCUCCUCGAGACCUCUGACCCGGUCAUGAAAAUUAAGAUGCAGCAGUACCUUAGGGACGCUCUUCUCAAAAUCCGGGGCGAGCUAAACGAGUCCGAUUUCAUCACCUUAAUGUCACUCAACGACCAGUACACAUCUGAAAAGGAGAACAUCAGAAGAGCUCGUGAGCACUACGAAAGGUACCAGAAACAGAACGAGGAGAAGCUCAAAAUGAGAAAUAGAUCAGCAGCGUACUACUCUGGCUCUGUCAUUAUGUUCUUUUUGGGUCUUUCAUGCGUGGCUGUCCCAUUCUACAAAUAUCUCUGUAAGAGAACAGGCUGGGAUGGUACGCCUAUCACCGAUACCAGGAUGUUCACUCCCGACCGUUUGAUUCCCGUGGACACAAACAAACGUAUAAGGAUCUCGUUCACUUGUCAGGCAUCAGGCAUUUUGCCCUGGAAGUUCACACCUUUACAGAAAGAGGUUUAUAUUGUUCCAGGUGAGACAGCCCUUGUGUUUUACAGAGCAAAGAACAUGUCCAAGGAAGAUAUUGUCGGUAUGGCCACGUACUCUGUGACCCCUGACAAUGUAGCUGCAUACUUCAACAAGAUCCAGUGUUUCUGUUUCGAAGAGCAGAGACUUGCAGCCGGUGAAGAGGUGGACAUGCCAGUUUUCUUCUUCAUUGACCCUGAUUUUGCCAAGGAUCCAAACAUGAGAAGCAUAGACGAUGUGGUGUUGAACUACUCUUUCUUCAAGGCAUCGUACAAGGACGGUGAGUUGGCACCUAUUCCAAUGCCCCAGGUGGAGGCCAAGGCCUCCGUUCAACACGGCAUAAAGAGAGAGAAAUUGUCCGAGUCAGCCAAGAAGGCAAAGCUCGAAAAAGACAGAGUCAAGAUCAAGCAUUACAGGAGACUCACGGCGAAGGUGUUGAGUGACAAAAAGAACAAGAUCUACAACGACGAGACGUUAGCAGAAACUACCCAGCUCCUAGACCUCAAUCCAGAGUUCAAUGCCGUGUGGAAUUACAGAAGAGAUAUUCUAAACCUGCUAUUUGCCACCGGAGCAGUUGGCAAGAAGAAGGCUCUAGAGGGUGAUCUAGCGAUGGUGAUGCAGAUGCUCAAGCGGUUCCCCAAGUGCUACUGGAUCUGGAAUCAUCGCUAUUGGUGCUUGGCUCAGCUACAGCAGGAUAAUGAUGCCAAUUGGAAGUUUGAGUUGGGGAUAGUCCAGAAGCUCUUAGAGAUGGAUAGCAGAAACUUCCACGGUUGGCAUUACAGACGGUAUGUUGUCGAGAACAUGGAAUCGCUGGCAAAGGCUGCAAUGGGCGAUGAAAAGAAUGCGGCAAUUGCAGAGCUUCAGAUUGACUUGAUGGACUUUCAGUAUACCACCGAGAAGAUCAACAAGGAUCUCUCCAACUUCAGUGCCUGGCACAACCGGUCCAAUCUCAUUCCGAAGAUCUUUAAAGAGCUCAGUGAAGUGGACCAUGCCGCUCUUCAAGAGCACGAAAAACUUAUCAAGGUGUUUGAGCUGCCUACAUCUCUUCUAAAGCAUGAUCUCCUGCUUCUCAAAACAGGCAUUUACAUGGAUGCCGAGGACACCUCGGUGUGGCUGUACAUGCACUGGCUAGUCACAACGGAGUUAUUCACGGAAGAUCUCAAAGCAAAAGGAGAAUUUAAGAGCGUCAUUGAUCAGCUCUUGAAGGAUGUCGAGGAACUCAAUGAGCUUGAGAAAGACGACAACCAAGGCCGCGACAAUGUAUGGUGCCUUAAAACGAUCGUCAUUUUACAAGCAGAAGGUAAGCCGCCACCUAAGCUCCCUAAUUGA